UCUCUCCUUUUGACCUGUCAAAUUUUUUACCUUUUUUUUUGUUUGAUUAAUAGUCGCCCGUUGCCCCUUAGUAGUAAACGGAUUAUAGUUUAGGAAACGAAUAGAGUUGAAUAAUACUGCCUUUUUAUAUACUUUGAUAAUUAUUCUACAAGAUGGAUAAACUUAUUUCGUCAUUAUUAUGUUGUUCGGUUAGUUCUAAAGAUGAUUCUAACGAUAAAUAUCAUGCGAAAAGUCUGAAUAAUGAAACAAAACAGAAGAAAUCCAAGACUGGGAAUCAAAAAAGUUCAAGAAAUAGUUCUAGAAAAGAUGUGAAUAAGAAACUAAACAGUUCAAAGACUAGUUCUGAACUUACUAAUAAUUCGAAGAUUGAGUUACUAGAUGAUGAAAAUUCGAUUAAUGAAACUGAUACAAUUACCAAUACCAACGAAGAAUCAAAUAAUAAUACUCCAAAUAGUAUAUCCAAUAACCAAGGAAAUGAUUCAAAAGAAGAAGAUGAAAUUGAUGAAGAAUUACCCGAAAAUGAUGUUGAUGAAUCAUAUCUUGAUUUAACUAAAUUACAAGAAGGGCAAGCAUUUAAUCCUGAAAGUGGAUGGUUAUUAGGUUUAAAAAAUGAAAAAAUUUUUGGAAAUAAAAAAUGUCUUAUUCUUGAUUUAGAUGAAACCUUAGUUCAUUCUUCUUUUAAAUAUUUGAGAACUGCUGAUUUUGUUAUACCAGUUGAAAUUGAAAAUCAAGUUCAUCAUGUUUAUGUUAUUAAAAGACCCGGGGUUGAUGAAUUUUUAAGAAAAGUUGGUAAAUGGUAUGAAGUUGUUGUAUUUACUGCUAGUGUGAGUAAAUAUGGUGAUCCUUUAUUAGAUAAAUUAGAUAUUCAUCAAUCUGUUCAUCAUCGUUUAUUUAGAGAUUCCUGUUACAAUUAUCAAGGUAAUUUCAUUAAAAAUUUAUCUCAAAUUGGUAGACCUUUGGCUGAUUCAAUUAUAAUUGAUAAUUCUCCUGCUUCUUAUAUUUUCCAUCCACAACAUUCAAUUCCAAUUUCAUCUUGGUUUAGUGAUACUCAUGAUAAUGAAUUAUUAGAUUUAUUACCUUUCUUAGAAGAUAUAGCGAAACCAAAUGUUGAUGAUGUUGGUUUAGUUUUAGAUAUUACCAUAUAA